UUCAGUUGCAAAGAUCUGGCUCUCCCAACCUAGAUGAAAUGGAUAUGAAGAGUCGUAACUCAGAAACGCCAUGAACAACACGACCGCGAAAAUUGAAAAUCAGCGUAAGGGUCCGAGCGAAUGCUUCUCCAUGUUUCGAAAGAAAGAAUAAUGGCAGGAAACAGCGUUCAUGGCACUGAACCAAGUUGUCGUCAAAGACGAAAUCUCCUCACACAUGAAUGCAAGAACAAAAGGGGAAGAAAUACCUAUCGAGAUCGAUACGUCAAUGAAGAUUGAGAAAUACGAGCGAUUUGGCGACGAAAGCGGAGCUUGAAGACGAUUGGCUUAAAAUCAGAUGAAGUUAUGGAGGUUGAAUAAAUUAGUUGGAAGUGGAAGAAAGGAUUUGCAGAAUCGAAUUCUGGAUCUUUAGUGAAAGAAGAAGCUCCCUCUCCAAUGAAUCAGGGGACAUUCUUGAUCGAGAUCCUGGUUGAGAGACUUCUUUGUUCCAGACAUGAGGCCCGACUUGAAAGAUGACGUCGUCUACAGUUUCUUUGAUCCAGAGAUUGGUGUGUUAAGAGAUAUGAUAGCAUUGAUUACACCUGAUCAUGUGGGGUUGUUCCGUGAGGCCCACGGUGGUAUUUUGAAGUUGGUUUUCAGGCUCACAGACAGUGAUAGGAGCGCCAUUCAUACUCUUCUCCAGUUCUAUGACCCUGGUUUGAGAUGUUUCGUCUUUCCGGAUUACUUGUUGGGACCCUUGAUGGAGGAUUAUGCUAGCAUCCUAGGUAUUCCGAUCAGAGAUCAGAUUCCUUUCUAUGUCACCAAGGGGGAGCCUGAUGUUGUUGAGAUUUCUCGUGCUCUUUAUUUGAGCCCGGAGGUGACCAAGGGGGGUUUGAAGGAGAAAGGAAAGUUACCUGGUUUUCAUCUGAGUUUCUUGGAGGCUAAAGCCAAGGAGCAUGCUGUUGUGGGUAAUUGGAGGACCGUUUGUGCUUUGAUUGCUGUGAGCAUCUAUGGGAUCAUCCUAUUUCCUAAUCAGAAGAAUUUUGUGGAUAUUAAUGCCAUCAGGUUGUUUAUGCAGAGGAAUCCUAUUCCUACCUUGGUUGGGGAUGUUUAUUACUCGGUCCAUAAUCGGAACGAGAAGAGGCGAGGGGGACUGAUCAGAUGUUGUGCUUAGUUGUUACAUAAGUGGUUCAUGGGGUAUUUGCCUUCCAGAGGUGCCUUUGCUUUUCUUGAUCCUACUGUCAAGUGGUCAGUCAGGUUGAUGGGUUUGCGAGCCAAUGACAUAGCUUGGACUCACAACGGUAUGGCUGGACGAGAUUUCAUUUAUAGUUGCGGGAGUCUUCCCAAUGUACCUCUUAUAGGAGUUCAAGGUUGCAUUAAUUACAACCCGGUGCUUCUUAGGAGGCAGAUGGGGUUUGCUGUGGAGGGUCCUCCUCUUGGACGAGAGAUUCAGGAGUCUUUCUAUUUCCCAACUGAGGGUAGUUUGUCACAGUUGAGGCAGGUGUCUGGGGCAUGGCGAAAUAUUCAGAGAAAGGGCAAGGUUCCUUUUGGCAAGAUUAAUAGCAGGUCUCUUCCUCCGUUUGAUGAUUGGCUUAGGAAGAGGAUUGAGCUCACACAUCUACCAUUUCCUGGAGGUGAUCCUUGGUGUCCUUUGAUUGAGGGGCCACGUUCUUUUGUCAGUAUGGAAGAGUUCCUUGAGAUGAAGAAAUCCAGAGAUCAGCUGCAAGCAGAGAAGACUGAAUUGGAGAUGAGUGUUGCUAGGAUUCAGAUGGCUAAUCAGGAAAUCAGAAGGAGGAUGGAAGAUCAGGAUAAGAAACAUGCCAUGGAAGUGAAGCGCUUUGAGAUAGACACUGUCUAUUACCGCAAGAUCAGCCAAGCGUUGGAGUCGUCUACAAAGGAGCAUGACCUUACCAAGGAGAAACUAGCUAGGGCCUUGAGGGUUAUCGAAGAUGAGAAGAGGAGACAAAUCCUUGUGAGGGACCAGAGAGAUGCCAGAACUAAAGUCCUUACCACAGAAUGGGAAGUGGAGAAAGCGAAGAUUAUUGCUGAGAGAGAUCACUAUCUUGCUGAGAGGGAUCAUUACUUCCGACAGAUGAAGAUUCACCAGAAGGAGGUAGGGAGAUUGCAGCAGGAGAACACUGAGCUUAGGUUCGCGGUGAAGUUUACCAAGAUGGUAGAUGAUGCAGAGCCGUUUGUGGGACCUUCAUCAAUGUAG